GUGGUCAGGGGUUGGAUCUCUCCUGAUGAUCCGGGAUUAUAAAAGCAGGCGAUGAGACAGGAAUGACAGUUGACCAGGCGUGAUGAUGAAGGCUCUUCUACUUUUGGGAUUGGUAGCCGUGGCUCUCUGUGAGCCCACUCGCUACAUUGGGGAUAAAGUUUUCCGUCUGUGGCCUGUGAGCGAUACACAUGUAUCAUUCAUCAAGGAUCUGGCCAGCAAUGCGAAGGUGGACUUCUGGAGCCCGGACAGCGCUGACAUGGUCACGGUUUUCACCGAAGUCGAUAUCCACAUCCCUGCUUCUCACGCUGACAUGGUUUCUGUCAUGCUGCAACAGAGCGGCAUGGACUACCGAGUGCUGAUUGAGGACAUGCAAACGGCUAUGAGACAGCAGUUUGACAACCACCAGCAGACCAAAGCCCACAACUACAUGAAGUACAACAGGUGGACAGAUAUCGAGGCCUGGGUCAGCUCUAUCACCUCAGGCAACCCCGCUCUGAUCAGCCGCUCCACGCUCGGGAAAACGUACGAGGGCCGCAGCAUGCACCUGAUCAAGAUCGGAAAGAACACCGGCUCCACCAAACCUGCCAUCUUCAUCGACUGUGGAAUCCACGCCCGCGAGUGGAUCAGCCCCGCUUUCUGUCAGUGGUUCGUCCAGGAGGCCGUGUCCACCUACGGAAGUGACUCUCAGAUGACCAGCCUGCUGGAUCAGAUGGAUGUCUUCGUGCUGCCUGUGUUUAACGUGGACGGUUAUGAGCACACCUGGAAGAGUGACAGGAUGUGGAGGAAGACCCGUUCUCGUAAGAGUGGCUCCAGCUGCAUCGGUGCUGAUCCCAACAGGAACUUCAACGCUGGCUGGUGCACACUGGGAGCCUCCAGUAACCCCUGCAGUGACACUUACUGUGGAUCUUCUAUGGAGUCGGAGAUCGAGGUGCAGAACGUGGCGAACUUCAUCCGCAAGAACAAAUCCAUCAUCAAGGCUUACCUCACCAUCCACUCAUACUCUCAACUCCUCCUGUUCCCCUACUCCUACAAAUACGACCAGGCCAAAGACCAUGCUGAGCUGAUGUCUGUGGCAGAGUCUGCAUCAGAGGCUCUGCGCAGUCUGUAUGGUACUCGCUACACCAGUGGCCCUGGAGCAACCACCAUCUACCCGGCUGCUGGCGGUUCUGAUGAUUGGGCCUAUGAUCUGGGUGUGAAAUACUCGUUCACGUUCGAGCUCCGGGACACCGGACAUUACGGCUUCCUGCUGCCCGAGUCUCAGAUCAAGCCCACGUGUGAGGAGACCAUGCUGGCCGUCAAGUACAUCGCUGCUCACGUGCAGAAAAACCUGUAGUGAGAGAGGGGGGAAAAAGUGCAUGCCUGAGAAGAAUUGCAAAAAACUUAAUAAAAAAUGAUUUUUAAAAUCAAAA